GGUGGUGGGUUACAACGAAGCCCACAUAUGCUUUUGGAGAUUCCUGAACAGGAUCUCUAUGACCAUGUUAUGGAAACUUGAAUAAUCAAACCGAACGGGAGGAGAGGAAUUGGAAUUUGGAUCGAUCGAAGCGAUAGAUAAUAAUUUAUUUAUUGAAUUUAUCCGGUGUUACCUCUCAAUCUCGUUUACCAGAUCUAGCAGUUCGCCUGUAAGCAAUGAUAACGAUUCCCUAUCUGACCGCUUUGACCACAUACUUCAGCUACGGAUUGCUCUUCGCUUUUGGCCAAUUAAGAGAUUUUUUCAGAAAAAUUUUCGAUUGGUGGCGUACCAGCAAUCUCCAGGGAUAUGCACCGAUCUGCUUAGGGCUUGAAGACUUCUAUAUUCGACGUCUCUAUCUUCGAAUUCAGGACUGUUUUGGACGACCUAUAUCAAGUGCUCCUGAUGCUUGGUUUGAUGUGGUGGAACGUUACUCCAAUGACAAUAAUAAGACACUGAAACGAACCACAAAGUUAGCUAGGUGUCUUAACUUGGGAUCCUACAAUUACCUUGGCUUUGCUGCUGCUGAUGAGUAUUGUACACCACGUGUUAUUGAAUCAUUGAAUAGAUUUUCUCCAAGUACUUGUAGUGCUCGUGUUGAUGGAGGAACUACAACAGUCCACACUGAAUUGGAGGAGUGUGUUGCAAACUUUGUUGGAAAGCCAGCUGCCAUUGUCUUUGGCAUGGGCUAUGCAACAAACUCUGCCAUCCUUCCUGUCCUGAUUGGAAAAGGAGGGUUGAUAAUUAGUGAUUCAUUGAACCACAACUCAAUUGUAAAUGGUGCUCGAGGAUCGGGAGCAACAAUUCGAGUUUUCCAACAUAAUACACCAUCUCACUUGGAGAAAGUUUUGAGAGAACAAAUUGCUGAUGGACAACCUAGGACACAUAGGCCUUGGAAGAAGAUCAUUGUCAUUGUUGAGGGCAUCUAUAGUAUGGAAGGGGAACUCUGCAAACUUCCUGAGAUUGUUGCAAUUUGCAAGAAAUAUAAGGCAUAUGUUUACUUGGAUGAGGCUCAUAGCAUUGGUGCUGUUGGAAAAACAGGAAGAGGUGUUUGUGAAUUGUUAGGAGUGGAUACUGCUGAUGUGGAUAUUAUGAUGGGAACUUUUACAAAAUCAUUUGGAUCAUGUGGCGGCUAUAUUGCUGGAUCCAAGGAGGUUAUACAAUAUCUCAAGUACACCUGUCCAGCUCAUCUGUAUGCAACAUCAAUAUCACCACCGGCUGCUCAACAAAUUAUAUCUUCCAUACGAGUCAUUCUUGGAGAAGAUGGUUCCAGUAGAGGGGCUCAAAAACUUGCAAGAAUACGUGAAAACAGCAAUUUUUUCAGGUCAGAGCUGCAGAAGAUGGGCUUUGAGGUUCUUGGAGAUAAUGAUUCUCCCGUAAUGCCCAUAAUGCUUUACAAUCCUGCAAAAAUCCCUGCAUUUUCACGGGAGUGCUUAAAACAGAAUGUAGCUGUUGUUACGGUUGCUUUUCCAGCUACCCCUUUACUUUUAGCUAGAGCACGUAUUUGCAUAUCUGCCUCUCAUACUAAGGAAGACCUUGUCAAAGCUUUAGAGUACCCAACAAUCAACCACAUAGUUAGCCAAGCAGAAUAUGACAGGCUAAUGCUUUUAAAGACCAGGCAAGAAAUGGUAAUUCUUCUCUUCUCUUCUGGCAGGUCAUCGGUCGGGUAGGUGACCUUGUGGGCAUAAAGUACUUCCCUGCUGAACCAAACAAGCAGCAACAGGAGCCAAGCACGAUGAAGUUGGAGUGAGCAUUUUAAUUUUGUUUUGGUGAAAAAUUGUGUGGCGCCUGGAAGCUGUAAGCUUGAUCCGAGUGGCGUAAGUUUGUCGGUCGUUUGGCUUGUUUCCGUUUAUGUAAUCUGCUAUUGGUUUGGACUCAUUGUACAGAUACAAACGAAAUUUAUUCAAGUAUUUUUCCCACUUACCUAUAAAGAAUUCAUAUCCUUUUGAGUUA